UGCUAUCAUUGUGUCUGUCCUGGAUUGUCUGACCAGUGUUUUCGCCGGACUUGUCAUCUUCUCCAUCAUUGGCUACAUGGCUCACGAACUUCAGCAACCCAUAGACAAGGUAGCCCAGGACGGUGCUGGCCUAGCCUUUGUUGUGUACCCGGAAGUUGUCACCAAACUUCCCAUAUCUCAGCUGUGGGCUGUGCUCUUUUUUGCCAUGCUGGUCACGCUGGGGCUAGGAACUCAGAUCGCUACUGUAACAACAGUGCACACAACUCUAAAGGAUCAAUUCCCACAUCUGUUCCGUGGCCCUCGGACAUCUGUGUAUCUCCUGUUUGGCAUAGCUCUACUGUGCUUUCUUGUAGGACUGGGCUUCUGUACACAGGGAGGCAUGUAUGUCCUACAACUGUUCGACAACUACGCUGCCACCUAUUCACUGCUUUGUAUUGGGUUUGUGGAGUGCAUUGCCCUGGCCUGGGUGUACGGUGCUGAACGCUUCUUGACUGACAUAGAGUCCAUGCUUGGCCGCCGACCUCACAUCAUCUGGAGUUACAGUUGGAAGUUCAUAGCCCCCAUUGCCCUCUUGGUGAUCCUGAUCUUCACAUGGGUCGACUUUAAACGUACCAACUACUCUGGUGAGCUGUUCCCUGUGUGGGCUGAUGUUGUUGGCUGGCUCAUCACAUUGUCCUCCGUUCUCGCCAUCCCAGUCAUCGCGAUCUUCAAGCUCAUCCAGCAUCAGCGCAAUAACGACAGCACUAUCAUACAGUCUGUCAAGGCCCUGAUGAAGCCAACGUCUCAGUGGGGUCCGGCUCUCAAGGAACACCGUGCCCAGAGAGAAACAGUCAGUGGGAGUUUGCCAGAAACGUAUGAGUCCCAGGUGCCACUGACGAUGGGAUCGAAAAAUAGUGGACUUGCCAACAUAAACGGGCAGGUAGACUCCAGCAGGUGCUGAGACCUUUACUUGCUGGAGCACCCGAAACAUCCAACCACUCUCAACACAUCAGUAUCAAGUUAUCUUUGUACCCUGUUGUAGCGUCAAUAGACACCCAGUACACUCUCAGUACCUUGUAGCAGUAGACUGUUACAUCCAAUACACUCUCAUACCUUGUAUCAGUAGACCGUUACAUCCAAUACACUCUCAAUACCUUGUAGCAGUAGACUGUUAAAUCCAGUACACUCUCAAUACCUUGUAGCAGUAGACUGUUACAUCCCGUACACUCUCAAUACCUUGUAGCAGUAGACUGUUACAUCCAGUACACUCUCAAUACCUUGUAGCAGUAGACUGUUAAAUCCAGUACACUCUCAAUACCUUGUAUCAGUAGACCGUUACAUCCAAUACACUCUCAAUACCUUGUAGCAGUAGACUGGUACAU